CUUUCUCAAGGAUAACGCUCUCUCUCUCUCUCUCUGAGCAAGCAAAAACCUCCAGAAGAUCCAAAACCAUCGUCUCCCUUCCGAGAAUCGAUGUCGUGGCUUCGAUCUGCUGUGAGUAAGGCCGUAGAGGUCAGCAGCAAGAAUAAUCUCACUCGCACUGUACGGAGUUAUGCCGACACCGUCGGGCAUGCCGUCGCCGAAGGCGCCAAGCUCUUUCAAGAUCGCAUGGGUGCUCGGAGUUUCAAAAGCUUUAGGCAUACCGUGAAGCGAUUGGAAGAAGUUGCGGUUUCUUGCAGGGGACUAGAAAGAACUCAAGUAUUAAGAAGAUGGUUAGUUGUACUAAAAGAAAUUGAACAACUGUCUGAAGGUUCUGUGGACAAUAGGGAGAAAUUUUUGGAACAACCCAACACUUCUGAUGAACCCAGCUUAUCUCCAAGAAAAUCUUCUAUGGUUUUAUAUUAUGAUCCUGAUUUAGGGGGUGAACCCAUGAACUUCCGAGAUGUGUUUCUUCAUAGUCAAGCUCUUGAAGGCAUAGCAUUGUCUAUGAUUCUUGAAGCACCAAAUGAAGAAGAAGUCUCUCUACUUUUGGAGAUAUUUGGACUUUGUUUGACAGGUGGAAAGGAGGUUCAUAAUGCUGUUCUGAGUAGUAUACAAGACCUGGCAAAAGCAAUCGCAAGCUACCAAGAUGAAGUAUUGGUAAAGCGUGAAGAACUGCUCCAGUUUGCACAAGGUGCCAUUACAGGGUUGAAAUUAAAUGCCGAUGUUGCGAGAAUAGAUGCUGAAGCCUCAGCUCUGCAGCAAAAGCUUGAAGGAAUGAAAACGUCAAGAGUACCUUCAACUGAAGGUGAAGAAAUAACACCAGUGGAAACAACUCAUGCUACAUUAGAGGCCCUAAAACAAGCACUUGCAGAAGUUCGGGUAUGUUCCAAAUUGGAAGCACUCUUACUAAAGAAGAAAUCCCUAAACAAUGGAGACUCACCUGAUAUUCGUUCUCAAAAGGUUGACAAGUUGAAGGUCUUGGCAGAUUCUCUUGCCAGCUCCACCUUGAAGGCAGAAAAGCGAAUUUCAGAUCACAGGCAUCAGAAAGAAGAGGCACUUAACUUCCGCCUGGCCAAAGCGAAUGAAGUUACUGAACUUGAGAAGGAAAUAUCUACUGAGAUUGCAGGACUUGAAAAGCAAAGAGAUGAGCUUGAGGCUAAACUGAAAAAGGUCAAUAUUUCCCUGGCAGCUGCUCUUGCACGCCUUCACAAUAACAGGGAAGAGAGAGAGAAAUUUGAGGAAGCAAGCAAUCAAAUUGUUUUACAUUUGAAAGCCAAGGAAGAUGAGCUUUCUAGAUCAGUAGCUUCGUGUAAGGUAGAAGCAGAUGUUGUCCACACAUGGAUCAAUUUCUUGGAAGAUACCUGGAUUCUCCAGUCCUCAUAUAUGGAUCAAAAGGAAAAGCAGAACAAUGAUGAGUUGGAGAAACAUAACAAUUAUUUUAUGAACGUGGUUAUUCAUCACCUUUCAGCAUAUAAGGAAGAGUUGGGGCGUUAUGUCAUUCAAAUCAGGAAAUUGGUGGAUAACUUAAAGAACUUCGACAAAAGUGUGUCAUUUAGCAGGUCAGCGAUGAUGUCCAAUCUAGGUACUGAAAAUUCGGACCAACUGAAAAAUCUUGAAGUCGAGUAUCUUGAAUAUGAAGCAAAGAUAAUAACCACCUUCAGUGUAGUGGACCACAUGAAAGAGCAGUUCUAUUCUCACGAUGGAAAUAUUUCCAGGCAUGAUGAACCCAAGGUCAAGGAACUGUUUGAUGCGAUCGAACAAAUUAAGGUGGAUUUCGAAUCAAUCGAAAGACCGACAUUAGAAAUUGAGACACCAUCUGAGGAAGGGUCACAGAAGAGUCAAUCCCACACCAUACAGUCAUCUGAGAGUUCACCACAGGAAGGGGAAGAGUCUUCAAACUCGGCCGUGGUCACAAAACCAUCAAAAGAGGGAGAGUCUCCAAAAUCGGCCACGGUCAUGGUCACAAUACCAUCAAAAGAGGGAGAGUCUCCAAACUUGGCCCCAGUCACAACCAAUCAAACCCUGGAUGCCGAAGCAGAACUCGCAAAGCUGGAGUCAGAAUUUGGUAAGGUUAGCCGAGACUACUCGGCAGAUGAGAUUGGAGGCUGGGAGUUUGAUGAACUAGAACAGGAACUGAAAUCCGGUGACUCUGUAUCAGCUAAAUAGACCGAAUUCGCAGUUUACAACUUAAAAAUGCUUCUGUACAUACCCCAAAAAUACAAACUCAAAGCUGUGUGUAACUGUUUGUGGAUGGGAAUUCCAUUAAACAUAUAUCAUUUAAUGGAGAGUUGUCUGUAAUAUGGAAAACCGAACAGUGGAAAUCUGUCUCCUGUGUGUAAAUCUCAUGAACUUAAAUCCCAUGAACUUACAAUGUAAUUUAUAUAGAUAAUUCAGUAACAAUGCUCCAGUUUCCAAAUUUCAGAUGUUUGUGCUCCUGUACAUUGAUUCUUUUUCUUCUUCUUGAAAAUUCUGUAGAUUGAUUCUCUGAAAUGGAGAAUUAGGAACCAUUUGGAUGCACAAGUCAAUCGAAUUACGAACGAAAUGAUGCAUUUGAUGAUGUUUCAUCAUAGCCCUCAAAUUGUUUUACAUUCCUUUGUAAUCCUACUUUAAUGUAAUGCAAUUCCAAUUCAAAGA